UUUUCGCAUCUUAUACAAAGGGGUUUUUGGUGGUGAAGAUGAUAUGUUGGUUUAUGUAAAUAUUAGAGAUCUUUAAUCACUGAAGAGGGUUGAAAGAGAGAAUGCUAUCUGUUCAGAAAUGGAGAUUCUCUUGGUCUCUGAUUGCCACAAUUGCUUCUCUUUUGGCACUGGUUUCAGUGGUUCAUCUCUUCUUGUUUCCUUUGGUGCCUCGUUUUAAUUACUUCAGGCUCCCCCAGACUUCAUGUGUUCCCAUGAAUGGAUCAUCUGAAGUGAAAACUGGACUUGUUAAAGAAAGGCAAAGUUCACAACAGCCUAUUGAUCUAGAUCUCCGGUUUCCUUCCGACUUGCACAAUGCAGUUGUUUAUCGUGGUGCCCCGUGGAAGGCCGAGAUUGGUUGGUGGCUGGCUGGGUGUGAUUCAGUUGCUAAAGAAGUUAACAUUGUUGAGAUUAUUGGUGGCAAUGGCUGCAAAAAUGACUGCUCUGGCCAAGGCGUAUGCAAUCGUGAAUUGGGACAAUGUCGGUGCUAUCAUGGAUAUAAUGGCAAAGGAUGCUCUGAGAGACUGCAAUUGAACUGCAAUUACCCGGCGUUACCAGAUCUCCCACAUGGGAGAUGGGUUGUCUCUAUCUGUCCUGCUCAUUGUGACACAACAAGAGCAAUGUGCUUCUGUGGGGAAGGCACGAAAUAUCCCAAUCGUCCUUUGGCAGAGUCGUGUGGCUUUCAGCUUAAGUUACGCUCUGAACCAGAUGGUCCCAAACUGACUGAUUGGGCAAAAGCUGACAUGGAUGUAUUCACAACUAAUGGUAGUAAAAUAGGAUGGUGCAAUGUAGACCCAGCCGAAGCGUAUGCUAACAAGGUGCAAUUCAAAGAGGAAUGUGACUGCAAAUAUGAUGGUCUCUGGGGUCGGUUCUGUGAAGUGCCUGUUCAAAGUACUUGUAUUAAUCAAUGUUCAGGUCGUGGACACUGCCGUGGUGGAUUUUGUCAGUGCAACAAUGGUUGGUAUGGAAUAGAUUGCAGUGUUCCAUCCGUCAUGUCAUCUAUUAGAGAGUGGCCUCAAUGGCUUCUUCCUGCUCAUCUUGAAGUUCCAGAUAGUUUGCAUCUCCGCAAGAAACUCGUCAACCUCAACGCUAUUGUAAAAAAGAAAAGACCCCUUAUUUAUGUCUAUGACUUGCCACCAGAUUUCAACAGCCUGCUUCUUGAGGGACGCCAUUUCAAGUUAGAGUGUGUAAAUAGAAUAUAUGAUGAACGUAAUGCUACCUUGUGGUCAGACAUGUUGUAUGGUGGCCAGGUAGCAUUUUAUGAGAGUCUCUUAGCAAGUCCACACCGCACUUUAAACGGUGAGGAAGCAGAUUUUUUCUUUGUACCUGUUCUUGAUUCGUGCAUUAUAACUCGGGCUGAUGAUGCUCCUCACUUGAGCAUGGAGAAUCACAGGGGCUUGAGGAGCUCUCUCACUCUGGAAUUCUAUAAGAAGGCAUAUGAUCACAUUGUUCAACAAUAUCUGUUUUGGAACCGCUCAUCCGGAAAAGACCACAUUUGGUUUUUCUCGUGGGAUGAAGGUGCUUGCUAUGCCCCUAAGGAGAUUUGGAACAGCAUGAUGUUGGUUCACUGGGGUAAUACCAACUCCAAGCAUAAUUAUUCAACGACAGCCUACUGGGCUGACAACUGGGACAGUAUUCCUUCUUCUACAAGAGGCAACCAUCAGUGCUUUGACCCGCGUAAAGAUCUUGUUGUUCCUGCCUGGAAAAGACCUGAUGUCGACUCCUUAAGAUUGAAACUUUGGGCUAGAGCACUUGAGAAGCGGAAGACCCUUUUUUACUUCAAUGGAAAUCUGGGACCAGCUUAUGAGCAUGGAAGACCCGAAGCAUCGUACAGCAUGGGAAUCAGACAGAAACUAGCAGAAGAAUUUGGAUCAAGCCCGAACAAGGAAGGCAUGCUUGGGAAACAACAUGCAGAGGACGUGAUUGUUACCCCUCUACGUUCCGUGAACUAUCACGAAGCUUUAGCUAGCUCCAUUUUCUGUGGGGUAUUUCCAGGCGAUGGUUGGAGUGGACGGAUGGAAGAUAGCAUUUUACAAGGGUGUGUCCCUGUGAUCAUUCAGGAUGGGAUUUACCUACCAUAUGAGAAUGCGCUUAACUAUGAAAGCUUUGCUGUUCGGUUACGUGAAGAUGAAAUUCCAAACUUGAUAAACAUUCUUAGGGCAUUUAAUAAGACAGAAAUAGAAUUCAAGCUAGGAAAUGUGCAGAAAAUCUGGCAGAGAUUCUUGUAUCGUGACUCCAUUAUGCUUGAAGCCGAGAGGCAAAACACCACUUAUGGCCGAAAGGAAAGUUGGGCGGACGAAUUCUCACAAUUAGUUGAAGAUGAUGUCUUUGCAACAGUUGUACAGAUUCUGCAUCACAAGUUACACCAUGAUCCUUGGAGGCAAAAUGUUACUACCAACAAGGAUUUCGGGUUAUCUCAAGAAUGCUUGAAAAAAUCCAAGUGAAGAGCUGUGUUUAUACUCGUAAACGCAUUCGAAGAAAUUGUUCUAGCUGAAAUGAAAAAGGAAAACGAAGUUGAACUUACUUUCAAGUGGUGCAAAUCUAAACAAGUUUCUUGAGCUGAAAGCAAGGAAUAUUUGAUUAAAUACAAGCUUGAAGGCGAUGUUUUCUUGUAGGUACUCCAUUCCAGCAAAUUCUUUUAUUAAAAUUGGGUAAAUAUACAAAUUCUCUUCGUUUUUU